AUGACGGUUCUGCAGUAUCUAGAAAACUUAGACAUCGCACUGAUGUGGACAACUGCGCAAUUGGCGGUAUUCGCCUUCCUAGCCGAUUUCGCUGUCGCUGGCGAAAUAGAACAGCUGAAAGAAGUUCUAGGAAAGUUUAACAAAGAUUACAAACAGGGCAAUAUGACGAGACUUGCGUCCGAUUUCAGAAGUGCAUUGAAGGAAUAUGGCGAUGGUUUCGUUUUCGUUCUUAUUUCACUUCAAAUUUUAACCUUUUGA